AUGGAGACGGACUCGGAACUGCCGAACGGUACUGCGGACUCGAACCGACGGAAGUCGGGUCGCGUCUCGCGCAGACCGGAUGUGUUUGCGGAGGAAGAGCAUGCAGGCAGUCUACUUGCGAAUGGCUCCGCAAAACGCAAACGCGUGGCUGUUACUCACGCCAAUGACACAGAAGACGAGGACGAGACAUCUGAAGACGACGAGGACGAAUCAGAGCCCGACGACGAAGAUGUGAGAGAGAAACAAAGAACGCAGAACAAGCGCAAGAAUCCUCCUAAACAGGCGAUCAAACGAGUCAAGACGAAUGCAGGGACCAAGCUUGCAAUCCGAUCUGCCAACGCUCCGGGUCGUCCCGCCACAAAAUCUGCCAAAGUACAGAGAGCCCGAGCACGACAGAGUCAGGUUCAGAAGGAGGGACUCUACGCCGAAGUGUUUGGACGAGGACAGGAUGCGGAUCACGCAGCAGGCCUCUGGAUUGGCUCUGUACGAAAGGACAGUGUGGCAGCCAUCCGGGACUUGGUCAAUUUCAUCUUCGAGUGUAUUGGGUGCGAAAUCAAAAUAACGUCUCCUGAUAUCGAGGAUAUCGACAAUGUCCCAGGAAGGCUGGGCGAUGUCUUAGAGGAGCAAUACUCUGAAAACCAGAGCGCCGAUUAUCCGCUGGUGUCCAAAUCCAAACAGUACGCAGAGUUCAAGACCGUCUUGACUGAGUUCUUUGACGCUCUGGUAAAGGCACUCCACAACUCCUCCAUUCUCUACGAGCAGCCCGAGGUGUACGAUAACAUUCACGUCUGGGUCGGUACCAUGACCGGUGCGAAUUUCCGACCUUUCAGACAUACGGCGACAGUCAUUUCGCUCUCCAUGAUUACUGCACUCUGUGAUCUUGCUGGUGAGAUCCAGCAGAGCACGUCUACCACCAAGACUCAAUUGGAUGCGGAGAAAAAGAAGCGGAGCUCCAACAAAGGCAGAGUCGCUUCAUUACAAGAGAGCAUGAAGGCCGACGAAAAGAAGCUAGAGAUAAUCGACGCUUCCCUGCGCGACGGCUUUGAUACUGUAUACGUUCACCGGUAUCGGGAUGUCGAUGAGAAGAUUCGGGUUGAAUGUGUCGCUGCAUUGGGUAGCUGGAUCACCAAGUACCGUAAGAUGUUCCUGGAAGGCCAGUACCUGCGAUACUUGGGUUGGGUCAUGUCUGAUCCGAACGCGCCGACACGGCUGGAAGUCGUACGGCAAAUCAAGAUGCUGUUCAGCCAGAAGCGGAAUGUGACUGCGCUGCGCGCCUUCACGGAUCGGUUCCGGCCACGCAUGGUUGAGAUGGGCGCUCGAGAUGCCGAUGUAAGCGUGAGAGUUGAAAGCAUCGAGCUUCUGGACAAACUGAGAAACUAUGAGCUUUUAGAGCCUGAUGAUAUCGACACGAUCGGGCGACUGAUCUUCGAUGCUGAGCCAAGAGUAAGGAAAGUGGUCGGCAAAUUCUUCGUUUCCAAUAUCGAAGACUUGUACAAAGCUCUAGUGGAAGACUGGGAGACGGACCAAUAUAGCGAUGCUCUGCCUACUGUUGAGGACACGGAUGAUAUGAUGGACGCAAACCAGUCAUGGAUCAAGUUCAAGUGCCUCGCACAAACCUUGAGCAGCUAUGAUGCUCGCUCCGAAUCGGCCAAUAGCCCAGAAGACAACAUUCGAACGCUGGCUAGUACCGACAACGCCGACUCCCGGUAUAUGCUCGCGACUCAAUCGAUCUAUUCGCACAUGAAAGAGCUCAAUCACUGGGAGUCGCUUGCAGGAUACCUGCUCUAUGAUCAUUCCUCUAUCACUGCCAGCGGGGACGACAGCGAUGUUUCGCAAGCCGCCCAAGGUACCUACAAACUCAGCCAAGGCGAGGAGAUCGUUCUCCUAGAUGUUCUCUACUUCUCAGUCAAGAUGUAUCUGGCUGGUGUACUCGACCUCGCCAGAGAUAAGAAGGGAGGCCGCACCAAUGCCACCAAAGACUCCAUCCACCAGAAACAAGAAACUGCCGCGCACAACCUCUCGACCAUCAUUCCGCAGCUCCUCUCUCGCUACGGCAGCACACCUGAAGCCGCCACUUCCAUCUUGCGUCUCGAACAACUUCUGGAUGCCGACUUGAUUGGAGAUCUGCAAGGCGGCGAAGCUACAUACUCGUCUUUGCUCGACGACAUCAACAAACAAUUCACUUCGCACUCCGAUCGCAAGGUAUUGGCCGAAGCAUCGCGUUCUCUUCGCGUAGCGCGUACUUACGAGCAGUCGAAGGACGCCGCGACUGCCAAAGUGCAGAAGCUCUGGAGCGAUAUCAUCAGCUCACUCCAGUCCCUCCUCAAAGGCAAGACAGUUGGAACACGAGGAACCCUGGACCGGAACAUUCUCCGCGAACUCGUCAACGUGUGCGUGCGUGUGGCCAAUCUUGCCAGCGUCAGCGACUGUGCAGAGAUCCUCGAAGCAAAGUUACCUGUGCAUGGCAAGAAAGGCAAAGGCAAGGGCGGUGGUUGGGAAGAUGGAACUCUUCUCGAACUUCUUAUGAAGCUUGUCGCUCACGGCAUGCUGGACGACGAUACCACUGAUGCGGUUGCUGAGAUGGAGGACCAGCUUUGCAUGGCGGUCAUUACCGCCUUGUCUUUUUAUUUCCGCUGGAAGAUCGUGUCGCUGAAGGCUGCGAUCGAGAGCAAUGACGCGCGGUCCCUCUCCACGCGUCCCAUUGUUGACCUGGGAUUAAAACGCGAGAAUUUUAUCGAAGUCCUUACGCCCGUUGUUGCGGGACGCUUGCCGCUCGACCAAGUCCGUGUGACAGGAGUUCUUACGGUACUGGAUGUCUUCACGCUCUUUGCCACAACAAAGCACCUGCAGCCUAAGCCUGGCAGGGGUGAGAUAGACGAUGAUGUGGAGGCUAACGUGGCGAGCUUGACCGUCAGCGUACCCGAAGAGCUACUUACCGAAAUAAUGCAGACCUACGAACGGAGCGAAAAGUCCUUCGCCCGAAAAACAAACCGAAAGAUCGUUGAGCCAAGAAAAGCUGGCAAAAAGGGUGGUAGCAGAGCUGGCACGGUCGAAGCGGAGACCGAGCAGACGCAAGAAGACAUCGAAAAGCCUCCUGAAGACUCAGACGACGAAGACGACGACGACGAAAGCAGUGAAGAUGACGGUGAGGCAGAAGCCGCGGAGGGCAAGGAAGGCCGCAAGCAAGCCAACCUCAUUGCCGAGCAAGGGCUCUGUGAAGUCACGUCCAAACUGGUCCUCGCAACCAUCGCGGGCGUGCUGGAGGGCAAGGAAGCUGUCAAGACCCGCUUGAACCUCAACCGAAGCAAGUUGGGCAAGAGCUACGCCGGCGUGGUGGCGUACCUAGACGAGAAGAAGGACAAAGAGAAGCAGCGCCCGACAUCGAAAUCUGGGCCCGCCGGAGAGAAGAAAGGAUCCAAGGCGAAGAGCAAGGAGAUCGUCACGGAGGCGAUGGAGCUGGAGCACGAUCAGAUCGUGGAUGUGGACGAUGUAGCAGACGUGGUGGAGGAGAGACGCGAUGCGGUGGAGCGGGAGAUUGAGGACGAAGAGGAGCUGGAGCGCGAGGACCGUGAGCUUGAGGAUCGCGACGAAGACGAGGCGCGGGGAGAGGCAGAUGAUGAUGACGAUGAGGUUAUGGGUGAUUGA